AGGGAUGGGGUGUUUGAGACUGUGCAUGCUGAGGAGAGAGCAUCAGAGCUUGUGAGAGAAGGGACUAAAGAAACAGGGAGGGGGGAGCAGAGAAAGAAAAAAGAACAAGAGCUUGUGAAGAGAAAAAGGGAGGCAGCUUCAGGCAGCAAAGCUGGACUACUGCUCAGACACUGCAGUCUUUCUUUUGCUUCUCUGAGGAAACUGUCUUUCUCUUCUCCCAGCCUGUCUCUCCUUCUUCUUCCCUCGCUGCUUGGCCAUGACCCCAGUGGACACCUUGAUCUCUUUGCCCACCUAGAGAAGAGGCAAGAAGCGUUGUAGCGGAGGAGGGAGAGACGAGAAGAGGGGACACCGAACACUUUGCCUCACUGAUGAGAGUCUGGAAAUUGAUUAACUGCCGUCAGCACAGAGGGGGGAGUGCAGAGAGAGGCUCAGAGUGAGGUGCAGAAAGAGAAAAAGACGGAGGUGAAGAGGGUGAAUUGCUAGAUGUGUGAAGAAUAAGCCGUGGAGACAGGCAGAAUAAUCCCCAGACACUUCAGAGACAGAAGGGACAAGUUAGGGUAGAGGUAAAAGAAGCCAGGAGGUAACAGUGCAAAGCAACAAUUCAACAAGGAUACUAAUUCAUAAAGCCAAAGAAUGGUUCGCUCACACACAUUAUUCAUCCUGUUCAUGCAUCUUUCCAAUCUUCCUAUCAGAUUCAUAACACCAUCUUUCACUCUCUUUUCCUUGUCUUGUUUUGACCAUUCUUUUUUGCAUGUCAGCAAAAGCACAGCGACAGCCACAUGCUGAACACUUGGACUUGAGCGUAGCAUUUCAUUCUCAGUGGAUGUGUGAUCUAAAAGAAGUUCAGUAGCUGAAGCAGGGGUGCUGUUUUCUUCUGGUCGAGAGCACUCGUUCAGGAAUUUCACAUGAGACCAGGUAGGAUGUUUCUGCAUCAUUUUGCCAACCCAAAGCAGCUGGAAAGGUCGAGUCAAAGCCCUUCAGUCGUUUGCCUGAUUGAAUUGUUAUGAGAUGAAACUGCAAACCAGCUUAUUUCUCAGAGCCUGACACCUUUGUUGAGGGAUUACAGAGAGGGGGAACAGGGAUGUGUAGCUGUGUAUGUGUAUGUUAGGAUUAUGGCCUAAGUGCACAGAAUUAUACAGGUGUUGCAGCAGGAUUAUACAAAGUCUCAUGCAGAAUAUAGUGGCACAGGGAUUAAAGAAAGGAACUCAAGUCAAGUGAAUGGCAGCCCAUUAUCUGCCACGGAUUAACUCAGAUUAAGUGUGAUCACACUUGGGAUGUAAUUAAAUUCCAGGAUUUGAUAGGGGUCAUAAUUAUUUUGAGGUAAAGAUAGGCUGUGUCACUGUGUUAAUUUCUCAGCCCUCAGUGGAGUAACCUCUGUCCCUCACCGUGAACUUUGCUCUAACCUGAAGUACACAGACUAUUAAAGACUCCUGAAGUUCAUUCAGCCUCCAUAAUGAGACGCUCAAGCACUGACGAGACUCCGUACCGGCGUAGUCCAUCUUUGGACAGCAAACCCGACACGCCGCCGUUCACUUCUGGGUUUCACCGCUUCAGUGGGGAGUUUGAGUAUAAGCGGCCACCGUUUGCGUUUGGCUUCCACACAACAAAGGGGCCACAAACAUCCAAGGGGCGCUAUGCCCAGGGGAAGAAAUAUGUGGUGUUUUACCUGGACCUGUCCUUCAUAUUCCUUCUAGAACUGCGGCGUUGCAGGAUGGCUGAGGGUUGCAUGAUGGCCCUGCGAUAUGGAAUGGUCUUCUUCAAUCUACUUUUCUGGUUGGGAGGAUGUGGUAUACUGGGGGUGGGGGUCUGGCUCUCUGUGACCCAGGGAAACUUUGCCACCCUAUCAUCAUCUCUUCCCUCCCUGUCGGCUGCUAACUUGCUCAUUGCUGUGGGGACCAUCAUCAUGGUGAUUGGCUGUUUGGGCUGCGUGGGAGCUGUGAAAGAGAGUCGUCCGCUACUGCUGACGUUCUUCAUCCUUCUCCUGCUCAUCUUCUUCCUGGAGAUUUUGUCCAUCAUGCUUUUCUUCAUCUACCAAGACGAGAUUGAUCACUAUGCCCAGAGGGAUCUGAAGAAGGGCCUCCAUCUCUUUGGUACUGAAGGCAAUGUGGGGCUGACCAAUGCCUGGAUGAUAGUGCAAACUGAUUUUCGCUGCUGUGGAGUAACCAACCACACAGACUGGUUUGAAGUUUACAAUGCCACCCGUGUCCCGGACUCCUGCUGCCUGGAGUACAGUGACAACUGCGGCCUGGAUAAUCCAGGAACAUGGUGGACAGCGCCAUGCUAUGAGCGGGUGAAAGACUGGCUUAAUGAGAACUUGGUGGCACUUUGGAUCUUUGCUCUAUGCACAGCACUUAUGCAGAUCCUGGGUCUGGUAUUCUCCAUGGCAAUGUUCUGUCAGGCAGUGAAAGUAGAAACCUUCUACGCCUAGUGUUCGACCUCUCUGCCCUCCAGUACACUUGGAUUGUUUCUCACCAGAGAGGGACAGAUAUAGACCCACCCUCCUUCCCCUUCUCCUCUGCUUCCUCCCCAACAGACUCUUCUUCCCAGAACCUGUCCUCUCUGUGACAUUUCUUCUCAAAUGUCACCGGUUUACAGUUUUUCCGCUAACUAUCAACAAGCACAGUGUCAGUGUAACAUCUCAGUUGGUUUCUAUGAUUUGCUCUGUGUCAGCAGCUAAUUAUUUGUGAUACAUUUUAUGAGGCAGUAUUAUGAACAUGUAUAAAACAAAGUGUAACCCCAUUUUUUUAAUAUGUGUUUUGUUUUAAAUUAUUUUAUGGUUUGUAUGUGUUUUCAAAAUGAGAGCUGCAGUUGGGAAAGCGCACUGUGUGAAGUGUUGCAAGUGCAUGUCUCUUGCACUGGUGUGUAUUAAAUGUUUUGGCUCGACUAA